AUGGAAGACGAUCUAAAGAGACCCUACUCCGUUUGUACAAGAGAUGAUCUCAAAGAGAAGAUGAAUCAACAGAUCAAUGCCAUCUCCGAGAUCUUCUGCGUUUCGAACUCUGACGCCACCGUACUCCUCAUGAAACUCCGUUGGAACUCUGAAUUGCUUCAAGAGACUUUGACCGAAGACAAGAAGAAGCUCUUGAUGGAAUCAGGUUUGACAUACACGGUUCAAGAUUUGUCCGGUUCUACUUCUUCUUCUUGUGAUGAGUUUUACGAGUUCUUUGAUGAUGAUGAUAACGAUGAUGAUGAUGAUGAAGAUGUUAAAAUCUCCACACCGUUUUGCUCUCACAAGUUCUCUAUAACUUAUUGGAGUAAGUAUCUUAAGAAGAACUUCUUCGCCCUAGAGAAAACCCUAGACACAAUCUCUUGUCCUCAUCAUAAUUGUGAAGCUUCCGUGGGACGUGACACGAUAACGGCGAAGGAUAAAGAUUGUUACGAUGAGUAUGUUCUCAGAUCUUACUUGGAGAACAAGAAACAGAUCAAACAGUGUCCUGCCUGCAGUUACUUCAUUGAGUUUCAUCGUGAUGCUGAAGAGUGUGGCUUAAACGUUGUGUGUCUAUGUGGUCAUACCUUUUGCUGGAGAUGUAGACUUGAGUCACACGCACCUGUUACAUGUAACAACGCUUCUGAUUGGUUGGUUAGAGACUUAAAGAAGUUGAGUUUAAACGAAACCAACACUAAGCCUUGUCCUCAUUGCCAAACACCAUUAGAGAUUGUUAGUGGCUCACUUUCCUCUCGGUUCAUGUCUUGUGUUAACUGCAGUGGUUAUUACUGUUGGUUGUGUAUGAAGUCACAAGAAUCACACGACUCGGAAUCAGAAGCUUGUGGAGACUAUGUUGAACCCAAAGCAGAACUGGAUAUUUCGUGUUUCGAACGCUUUGAGCUUUCAUUAGUAAAAGCUAAAUCACUGCUCACAGCCUUUGAGGAAUCCAACAACAUGGUUUUGAGAGAAGGGCUGAUGCUGAUUGUUCAAUGCAGACAGUUUCUUAAAUGGAGUUGUGUGUAUGAAUACAUCCACUUAGAGCACGAGGACUCGAAGAAGGAGUUUCUGAGGUUCUUACGAGACUAUGCAAACAAACUUGUCAGGCGUUACGCAAGGACUUUAAAGAAGGAAACAAGAAAGGUUACUUGCUCCAAGGGUAAUCUUUCGGCUGUGACGAGCAGCAUUGGUAACUACUUUUAUAACUUUUCCAAGGCUUUAAAAGAUGGUUUGGAUGUUGUGGAGGUGAAGCACUAUGAUGAUUUUUCUCCUUGUUGGUUAUGUGACCGUUGCACCUAUGCAAACACUUGGCUUCAUAAGGAAUCAGGUUUAGGUGAAGACAAGGACAAGUUAUUGUCUGAAUCAGGUUUGAGUUCACUUAUAACUAAUCAUGUGAAUGAUGAUGAUGAUGAUGGUUUAAUCUCCACGCCGUGUUGCUCUCACAAGUUCUGCAAAACAUGUUGGAGAGAGUACCUUGACUCUCUAGAGAAGAACCAAACUAUAAUCUCAUGUCCUCACCAAAACUGUCUAGCUUCUGUUGGACCAGACACGAUCAAGAACCUAACGGAAAAAUAUAAAGACUUCUACGAGAGUUACAUCUUGAGAUCUUACAUAGAAGAAAAUAAGGGUUUGAUGAUCAAGAACUGUCCCGCACGGGACUGCAACUACGUCAUUGAGUUUCAUCAACCGAACGAUGUUGAAGAGUUUGGUUUAAACGUGGUGUGUCUCUGUGGUCACACUUUCUGCUGGAGAUGCAGCUUUGAGUCACACAGACCAGUGACAUGCAACAACGUCUCUGAUUGGUUAUCUACAGAGGUAGAAGUCUCCGUGGUGGAUCGCUGGGAGGAGCGUAAGGUUGCAAUGGAAGGAGCACAAGACGAUCUACAAGACUUUGAAGAUUACAUAACCAAGAAUCCAGAUAGUUUAAAAGAGCAAGACGUUAGGAUUGUGAGAGAAGGUCUUAUGCUUCUUGUUCAAUGCAGACAGGUUCUUAAAUGGACCUGCGUCUAUGAGUACUUCCACACAGAACAUGAGACAUCAAAGAAGGAGUAUCUCCAGUUCUUGCAAGACAUUGCGAUGACGACGCUGCAAAGCUACUUAAAGACGUUGCUGGAGGAAACUGAAACAGCGUUUUAUGCAGCUGAUGCUUUGGUGGUUUGUAAGUUUAGGCAUAACUUGAAUACUGCUACAAGUAAUGUUGGUAACUUCUUUUAUCAUUUCAUCAAGACUUUGCAAGAUGGUAUUGUGGAUGUGAAGGUGAAGUCUUAUGAUAAUGUUGCUGGUCCUUAUUGGCUUUGUGAUCGGUGUACUUAUGGAAAUAGUUGGCUUGAUAUGAAGUGUAAGAUGUGCUGUGAGGCUACUACAUCUAAAGCUUAG